AUGCGAGAAAUCUCAGCCGCAGAGCUAGCAGCAGAAGACGACAGUGUUCCACAAUUUUUCCUCCCACAUCACGCCAUUCUACGCCCUGAUAGCACGACCACGAAGCUCCGCAUUGUCUUCGACGCAUCCUGCAAGAGUGGUUCUGGCUUAUCGUUAAACGACAUUCUAAUGACAGGUCCGACUAUUCAGAAUACUCUGAACGACAUCGUUCUUCGCUUUCGGAUGCCAGCCUUUGUUCUCAUGGGUGAUCUCUGCAAAAUGUACCGUCAAAUUCUUCAUCAUCCUCUCGAUCAACGGCUGCUGCGAAUCUACUGGCGGCAAAACACUUCGGAAACGCUGAAAAUUUUCCAGCUCCUCACCGUAACCUACGGUACAAGCUCUGCUCCAUUCCUCGCUACACGAGUGCUGCAGCAGCUCGCGGAGGAUGAACAGGAACGAUACCCACUAGCGGCGACAGUAAUUCGCAAAGAUAUGUACAUGGAUGAUCUGCUUACCGGAUGCAAUGAUGUAGGGAAACUCAAGCAACUCUGCUCCCAGCUUCUCGGAAUUUUUGAGAGUGCUGGGAUGCAACUCCGAAAGAUAUCCUCGAAUCACCAAGAAAUUCUUAACGAAAUUCCCGAAGAGUGUCGAGAGACCAAAUCGCUCAUUGAGUUUGAUUCCGAUGCUCCUGUGAAGGCCCUUGGUCUUCUGUGGGAGCCAGCAACUGAUUCGCUUCUCUACAAAAUGCCAAAGUUCGCAAAGUGUGAGCAGUAUACGAAAAGGAUCAUACUGUCACAAACAUCCAGUUGCUUUGAUCCACUAGGGCUUCUUGGUUCAGCUGUCGUGAAGGCUAAAAUCUUGCUACAGACACUGGAAGCUCGACUACGACUGGGAUCACCUGCUGUCGAAAGCAUUCGCCAAUGA